AGAAAACUUCUGAGUUCUCGUUAAGACGAGAAUGCAUUGGACAUAAUUCGACAAAAUAUGAAAUAAUCGCCAUUGUCCAUGCCUCGCUGCACGCAAAGUGGUAUAUUUUUACACAAACAAACUCUCAAGCUGUGAAACCGUGCUGUAAAAUAUUGUUUUUUUUUAACGGUGUAUCUGUGUAAUUUGGACUCGAUAAAAUGUAUUCAAUCAAAACAAAAUACUUCAAACGGAAGUACAUCAUAAAAUGAAGGUAUCCUAUAUUACCUUAAAUUUUGGUGCUAGACCGGUUACCUUACUGGUACUCGAAUAAACUGUGUCAACCGGCCGAUAAAAGAUAACACCUGACAGACAUUAAAAUUCAGAAGAUUCACUACACGUGACCUUCAUCAUGAAUGUGGACAAUUUAGAAUCUCCUUACAACGAUUUGGUAAAAGCCGCCGUGAAAGUGAAAGAUAAAGCUUACUGUCCAUAUAGUAAUUUUCAUGUGGGUGCAGCCAUCUUGACCUCUAACGACCAGAUUUUUACUGGUGUUAACGUAGAGAACGCCUCCUAUGGACUCUGUGUUUGUGCGGAGCGCGUUGCCAUUAUGAACGCAGUGUCACAAGGUCACAAAGAAUUCAAGGCCAUGGCUGUUUGUUGUGACAUCAAAGAUUCUUUUAAAGCGCCUUGCGGGGCCUGUCGACAGGUAUUCGCUGAGUUUAACUUGAACAUGGAUUUUUAUAUGGUAAAACCAGACUACACAUCCAAAAAGAUCACCGUAGGAGAGCUAUUACCAAUGGCAUUCACUCCGGCCUCACUACAGGAAGAAAGAGUGUAGAACAGUUUACAAAAUGACAACCGAAAUAGUGAAGAACAGCUUACGAAAUGACACCCGUAAAAGUGUAGAAAAGUUUACAGAAUGACAGUCGAAAGAGUGAAAAACAGUUUACAAAAUAACAACCGAGAAACAGAAGAGAGUACCACCAACCAUUUAUCCAUCAAAUUUUGGACGAGAUAUAUUUCUAUGGACAUUCUGUUUUUUAUUUCAAUUAAAUAAAGAUCAUUAUAUACCCAGCAAAGUAUUAAAUACGUGUAUAUUUAUGUUAGCAACAGAAAGACACACUCUUUUACAUUAUAAUGUAUGCAUUUUUCAUUAUAAAAAUGAAAAAUCUCAACAUAAGACAUUAAGUGAAACUUACUGCUAGCGAUCUAAUAAGAAACUAUUUAAUGGUUAGCAGGUGAAU